UGUUCAUAGGUAUCAUUUUGGAAGAAAAUGGAACCAAUCUUUGGUCCUGUCAGUUUAGAGGAGGCAUCUUACUUGAAGGAGCAGCUCAUAUGUAUGGAGGAGAAGGAUGAAUGCAUAUCUCUGAUGUUUGGCAAUGGAAGUAAUGUUUUGGGUGAUAUUGUGUGUGAAGAAAAUUUUGCGUCCAAGACUCUUGCUUCUGGAUCAAAAGAGAGGAACUUGCAAGACCAUAUUCAAAAUGGAGGGAUAUCACGUGGAAGAUUAGAUUCCGAAGGAAUGAAGAAAGUGCUUCCACUGUACCAAAGAGUAUUGUCAGCUCUAAUCAUGGAAGAUGAAAUUGAAGAUUUUGAAAAAGACAUUGACCGGAGAACUAUGUCUUUACAAUAUAACAGAGAUGUUUCUUCCACUGCUACAUGCGCCUCUAUUAAUGUUGAGCCAAGGAACAGGGUUGGGAUUCUGUUUGCAAACGAAACCAAUUUGGGUCCUCAUCUCAAUCAAUGUUCCGUUGACAGUCUCCCCUGCAAUGGGACUAGUGGCUUUGCUAAUGCCACAGGAAUCUGUAAUCAAAUACUCGCAGAUGAUUUGUUGAAAGUAGAUUUUGCAGUAUUGCAUUCAGGGAGUGGUCUGUUCCCUGCGUUUUCUGAAAAUGGUUGCCCAUAUGAGCAGAUGUCUCUGGAGGAUAGACUCUUGUUGGAGCUGCAGAGUGUUGACCUAUAUCAAGAAACAGUGCCUGAUCUAUCAGAUGGAGAUGAUGAAGCAAUUGAUCAAGAUAUUGUUGGACUAGAGAAGCUACUUCACCAACAGGUUGGUGGUAAGAAGAAGCAGUUGAACAAAUUUAUUAAAGCAAUUGAAGAAAACAUGGACAUCGAAAGACGGCGGCGUGACCAGGUUGCCAUGGACAGGCUUGUCGAGUCGGCUUACAGAAAGCUUCUGGCCACUCGAGGAAGUAUUGCUUCAAAAUAUAAGAUUGCUAAGGUUCCAAAACAUGUUGCUGUUGCUUAUACGAAGAGGACUCUUGCUAGAUGUCGCAAAUAUGAAGAAAAUGGAAUAAGUUGCUUUAAUGAGCCUGCACUUCGAGAUGUCAUUUUCGCUGCACCGCUUCACGGAGGCAAUGCGGAACCCAUGAAAUGCGAUGGCUUAAGUUUGCCACCUGAAAAUCAAAACUCUCAGCAAGAGCCCGUGGUGUCAGGUUCUUCCAAUUGGACGGAGCGGCAUGAUCAUCUUAACAAGUAUGGCAGAGAUUCUGAUGGUACUUUUGGAAGUCUUACCCAUUGCUCUGCGAAGGAUUAUGCUAAAAAUGGACCAAUAUUUUACAGAGGCAAAAAGAAGGAGGUUCUGCUAGAUGAUGUUGGCAGUCCUUCCUUGAAAGCUGCAUCAAAUCCUGGUACCAUGCUGGGCCGAGCAAAAGGGAAAAGAAGUGAGAGAGAAAGGGACAAGGAUGUAUCAGCCAGAAAUUCUGUUGCCAAAGCUGGCCGUCAAUCAUUGGGUAACAAUAAGGGUGAGCGUAAAACGAAAACAAAGCCCAAGCAGAAGACAGCUCAGCUAUCAACUUCAGGAAAUGGGUUGGUUAGCAAUGUCACUUCAGCUAGUGGUUUUAUUGAAGUUGUUGGCAAUAGUAAUAACAGAAAACGAGAGGUCGGGCCGGUACGCUAUAAUGACAAUCAUGAGGGUCCUACAGAGACCAAGAAACAGAUAGAUUGUGGAAACCUGCAGUUGAAUGAAUUAGACUCCAUAGAACUAGGAGUAGACAAUGACCUCGAUGGGAAUCAAGAUCUGAGUACUUGGUUGAACUUUGAUGAGGAUGGUUUGCAAGACCAUAUCGCGGAGGGGCUUGACAUACCUAUGGAUGACCUCUCGGAUUUAAAUAUGCUUCUUUGAGAACAGCAUACUGUAUAUUUCCUUGGAUUGUUUGACAUUUAGACAAGAUUGAUGGUGUUAUUGUCAGAGGGCAACCUGCUAAUAUAAGUUAUGGCUCUGGCAAACAGGCACAUGUAAUUAUGGCCAUUCUUUUUGUAUACUUAUCUAAAGAAGUUAUAUAUAAAAAAAAACAAAAACAAAUCUCAAUUGUUUAUGUCAUGCUGAUAAAUUCUCCUGUCAUAACAAAUAACAGUAUUCUUUUGAACCGUA